UAUAGUUACGGCAAGCUAACAUACCAUUAGGAGAAGUAUGAAGGCGCGUUACUGUUAAUUUGUUUUUGUUUUAUUCGUAGAGGUUAAAGUGUUGGUUUUUUAUAACUUUUUUGCGUCUCGUCCAGUACGGUUUUUGAUACAGGAAAGAUUUUGAGGACUGGAGAAUGCCCUCAGCAGCUCCACCAGCUCCACCAGCACCCCCUCCUCCAUCUAAUGGAAACCAGCCUCGGAUCAGACCUCCACCCAUCCCACAGCAUGCUGCACUACCAUUUGUCAACCCUCCAGUCCAAGAGACAAGUCCUCCACCAGAGACUACACCUGAUGUACAGAGUGCACCACCUGCACCACUGCUACCAGUUCAAACUGGACAGCAGUCUCCUCCGUCAGAAGGACAAGAAGACAGCUCUGCUGAUGAUGCAGAGAAAUGCCACUCAGGGCCAGAGCAGAACACUGGGCCGGCAGCUCAGAUGACAGAGCAGCAAGAUGAAGCAGACACUCCGAUGGAGCAGGCGGGAGAGGACCAGCUGACCUGAAGCACUUGAUUUCUUUUAUAACAGAGAUCUACUUUUACCAGUACUUGAAAAUGCUGUUCAGAACUGCACUGAAACAGUUACAUGG